GGCGGCGGCGGCGGCGGCGAGCGCGCAGCGCCGGAGGGACGCGGCGCCCAUUCAUGAGCAGCCGCGCGCCCGCCGCCCCGGGGCCGCCGCCGGGGCCGGGGCCGCUGCCGCCGGCGGCCGCGGCGCCCAGGAGCGGAGCGCGGCCGGGGCCGGGGCCGGGGCCGGGGCCCGCGGCCGGCGCGGGGCAGGUGCGCGGCGGGCGGUGAGGCGGCGCCGCCAUGGACACGUCGGGGCACUUCCACGACUCGGGCGUGGGGGACCUGGAGGAGGACCCCCGCUGCCCCUGCGCGUCGUCGGGCGACGAGCGCCCGCCGCCCGCCGCGCUGCCGCCGCUCCAGCACAGCCUGUUGCACUCGUCGCCCGGGUCGCUGCGGGCCCCUCCUCCCGCCGCCCCCGCCGCCCUCCACCCUUCCUCCCGCCACGGCAGCCAGCUCAACCUCAGCGACCACUUGGCCGGCCACUCGCCGGGCUCGGCGGCGGGCGGCAGGCACCGGCAGCCCAGCCCGCUGGUGCACCGCCGGGACAGCAACCCCUUCACCGAGAUCGCCAUGAGCUCCUGCAAGUACAGCGGUGGGGUGAUGAAGCCCCUCAGCCGGCUAAGUGCCUCCCGGAGGAACCUCAUCGAGGCGGAGCCCGAGGCGCAGCCGCUGCAGCUCUUCGGCGCCGGCGGCCCCCCCGAGAUCGUGGUCUCGCGCGAGGACAACCACGCGCCCCCCGCGCGGCCCCCCGCGCGCCGCGGCCCCCGCGCCGACCGCCCCCACGCCCGCCCGGCCCCCGCCGCCUUCGCCAAGGGGCCCAAGCGCAAGGCGCAGAACAUCGGCUACCGCCUGGGCCACCGCCGCGCGCUCUUCGAGAAGCGGAAGCGCCUCAGCGACUACGCGCUCAUCUUCGGCAUGUUCGGCAUUGUCGUCAUGGUCAUCGAGACCGAGCUCUCCUGGGGGCUCUACUCCAAGGACUCCAUGUUCUCCCUGGCCCUGAAAUGCCUUAUCAGCCUCUCCACCGUCAUCCUGCUGGGCCUCAUCAUCGCCUACCACACGCGGGAGGUGCAGCUCUUCGUGAUCGACAACGGAGCCGACGACUGGCGGAUAGCGAUGACGUACGAGCGCAUCCUCUACAUCAGCCUGGAGAUGCUGGUUUGUGCCAUACACCCCAUCCCCGGGGAGUACAAAUUUUUCUGGACAGCCCGCCUGGCUUUCUCCUACACGCCGUCCCGGGCGGAGGCGGACGUGGACAUCAUCCUGUCCAUCCCCAUGUUCCUGCGCCUCUACCUGAUCGCCCGGGUGAUGCUGCUGCACAGCAAGCUCUUCACCGACGCCUCGUCCCGCAGCAUCGGGGCCCUCAACAAGAUCAACUUCAACACCCGCUUCGUCAUGAAGACCCUCAUGACCAUCUGCCCCGGGACGGUGCUGCUGGUCUUCAGCAUUUCCCUCUGGAUCAUCGCCGCCUGGACGGUGCGGGUGUGCGAGAGGUACCACGACCAGCAGGACGUGACCAGCAACUUCCUGGGCGCCAUGUGGCUCAUCUCCAUCACCUUCCUCUCCAUCGGCUACGGCGACAUGGUGCCUCACACCUACUGCGGGAAGGGCGUCUGCCUGCUCACCGGCAUCAUGGGCGCCGGCUGCACCGCCCUGGUGGUGGCCGUGGUGGCCAGGAAGCUGGAGCUCACCAAAGCCGAGAAGCACGUCCACAACUUCAUGAUGGACACGCAGCUGACCAAGCGGAUCAAGAACGCUGCCGCCAACGUCCUCCGGGAGACGUGGCUCAUCUACAAGCACACCAAGCUGCUGAAGAAGAUCGACCACGCGAAGGUCCGGAAGCACCAGAGGAAGUUCCUACAAGCCAUCCACCAGCUGCGGAGCGUGAAGAUGGAGCAGAGGAAGCUGAGCGACCAGGCCAACACGCUGGUUGACCUCUCGAAGAUGCAGAACGUCAUGUACGACCUCAUCACCGAGCUCAACGACCGCAGCGAGGACCUGGAGAAGCAGAUCGGCAGCCUGGAGUCCAAGCUGGAGCAGCUCAGCGCCAGCUUCAACUCCCUCCCGCUGCUCAUCGCCGACAUGCUGCGCCAGCAGCAGCAGCGCCUGCUCGCCGCCGUCAUCGAGGCCCGGGGGGUCGGCGUGGCCGUGGGCACCCCGCAGACGCCUCUCUCCGAGAGCCCCAUCGGGGUCAGCUCCACCUCCUUCCCCACCCCUUACACGAGCUCGAGCAGCUGCUAAGAUGCAGAACGAGCCCCUCAGCCCUCCAGGGACACGCAAGAGUUCCCGUGCAGGUCCUGCCAUCUGAACGGACUUUCUCCCGGUUCUCGAGCCGCCACAGGAACAUUUGGACCAAGCCGAGCUGAUGCUCGGGGUUUGAUAACGCCUUGGAAUCGGAAAUCCCUGUUUAGGUGCCUCUACAUGUCGCGAAGGAAGUGGACGUGAGGCGAAGCCUCUGGCAAGGCCCGUGCUGCAGUGUUCGGUGGAGGACAGAAAUCCACGCUCAAUCUCAGGUCUUCACAUUGAAAAAAAAAAAAAAAAGUCAGAAGCACUGAAGCAACGGAGACACCAGAGGGAGAGUAUUCCACUGUGUGGAGCACGCGCGGGGCCUGGGCUGCGGCCAGCCCCGCUCCUCCCCGGCCCGCUCGUCUCGCUGAGGACGCCUGGGGCAGGAGGACCCGCCGCUUGCCAAGACGCAGAGCUCCCCUCGCCUGCUGCUCCCCUCGCAACUGCGAAGCCCUGGCGGGCAGAUGCCAAUAGCGUAAUUUCUUGCACAGGCUCUGACCUAAGAUGCCCAUGCUCCAUCCCAUCUCCUUGCCAAGACACACACACGCGCCUACCUGCAUACAUCUGCUGCAUUUCAGGGUAGGUGAUGAUGCUUCACUUUAGCCCGAGUGUCUUCAGAGUAGCGAGUGUUUUCUGCUCAGGCAGAGCAAGUGACAGCUCUUCUUUUCGGCCCUCAGUGUCAUAUUCUGCCUGGAGCCAAGUGCUGGAGUCCAGAAAGCAGUGCCUAAAGCAGGCGGGAACGCCGGUCCCCCGGGAUCGGAGCGGUGCGCGGCACGCGGGAGCCGGUACCUGCCUUGUGCCCGAGGAACGUGACGCAAGCCAGCGCCGUGGCCGCGGCUCGGCGGCGCCCCAGAGGCCGGUGCCGCCGCUCGAGGGAAGCCACGUGCACGCUGCCGGGCGCAAGAUCCGCGUGCGGGUGCAGCCCGCUCCGCAGGAGCAGCCUCGGGGCGGGCUGCGGGCCGGGCCCCGGGACGCCGCCCCAGCCCCGGUGCCUGCGGCAGCGGCGGCCGGCCCACGGCCGUGCGCGGGGGCCCGGGGGCUGCCGGGCGCCGCGGGGAGGAGACCGGGUUGCGCGAUGGAUCCCGAGCCGCUCGCAUCACCACCCGCCCAGGACCACCCGCGCGUUUCGGGAAGUCGCCGGGCACGUCUCCAAUCCCGGUGCUCUUUGAAGAGGCCUCAGAACUGACAGAUGAAAAAAUCAAAUUAGCUACAAACACCAUCUUCUCUGGCAACAUGAAUGUACGUGCUCAAGCCGAGCUGACAGCGCCGAAUUCGCCUGGGUCAAACGGGGCUCGCUGUAAAGUGAUGUAGUAACUGGGGAAGACGAGUACUGAGUGGGACGCUUCAUCUGUUUAAAACAAAGACCAUCUUGUUCACACUGUUCCUGCUGGGUUUGGCGGAGGACAGCAGCACCAUCCAGGGCUGCGUUAUGCAACAUGCAGCUUUGCCGAAAGCCAGCCGUAGCCCGGCGCCCGGCGGCUGCUGCUUCCCGGGAACGUCUGCGGAAGGAGCAGAGCUCCGGCGGCCGCGUGCGGGGCGGAGGCGAGCAGCCCGCCGGUGCCCUGCGAGGAGCAGCCCGCCGCGGCGGACGGCUAAUUUUUGCUGGUGUUCAGCUUUCAGUUGUGGAAACAGCUGUGGUCUGUUCUCCUUUCACUAUCCCCCCGCGUAAUUCUUAGUUCGGCCCCUUCGUCGUUUCCUGGUUCUGUCUGGUCUUUGCUCAAGCUUCCUGCUGCCGGGAGGCUCCGGCUUUGUGUCUUGGCGCUUUGGGGAUGGUGUUUGCUGCUUUCAGUGAAAACUCAGCAGAGGAUAUUUAUAUAUUUUUAAACAGAUGAAGUAACCAUGUAAUUACUCCACGAUAUUAAUUACACAUCACCCAGCAGUGUCAGUAAUUGUAAUCAAAGUCACUGUGUUACUCCAGGUAUACUUAGCCUGUAAUCUUCUCCUUUGUAACUCUUUCACUUCCAUAAAUAACGCUGGAUUUCAUACGCACGUAGGCAGGGACAUAUCAGCCUGAUGCAUAGGAAUCUCUGUGCAAAACUCCACUUACUGCUGGUGGUAGGUGUUUUACUCCUUAUGCCCUACAAUUAAAGUUACGUAGAAAACAAGCAGUAGUUAGCGAGGAAUACUCCCGCCCGCCGGCUCCAGCCAUCCGCGGGCCGUGGGGGAGCAGGGCUCCUCUGCCGCCGGCUCCGGGGGAGGCUCAGCGGAGCGAGGCCCUGGCCCUGAGAGGUGUGCUUGCGUCGAGCCUGUUGGUAGCACAGUAGCAGCAUGUGGUUGUUCUGCAGCCUGCUUUGCAUUCAGGGAGGCGAGGAGGUGCACAGAGAUCACUGCCAGCAUUUUCUAUUCCGUGGCCAGCAGGAGCUACUCAGCUUCCGUGAAUGAGCUGCUCUUCCCCUUUUUGAAGAUCUUAUUAGUGUAAUUGCUGAGUGGGCAGGACUGCUGGGAGAGUGUCAUGUCUUGGCAGCAGCCCUGCCGUCCUGUCACUGCCUUGGCAGCAACCCAAAGUCUCUUCUUAGCCUUGCUGCUGACCCCUGUGUGCCUACAGAUACCCCUUGGCCCCACUGCCCCUCUCAUAAGAUGGGGAUGAAGAAGCUUCUGCUGGUCUUUGUAAGGAGGUUUCAGGCAUGGAAAUGAAGAAAACUUUGUAAGCUCUAAGAAUGAGCAUAAAAUACAGUCUCCACUCCAGGCAGCCAGGAGAGAAAAAUGUUUCCAUGCCUCUCCUGUGGCUCGUGUAGGCACAAGCUGCCAUGUACAACAUGUCCUGCAGGGACUUGCACUGGGUUUGUGGUUUAAGCAGUGGUGAGAGAUGCAGAAAUGUUUCCUAGAGCGUUAGCUAGCUGAGGGAAGUAUUGAUGCCCAAGAAUCGAUAUCACCAGCAGGGACCUCCUUACUGGCUCAUAAUCAAUUCUGGUCAAUCAAACUGAAUAAGACAAGACCAGGAAAUGUCAAAUUGCAAGGACUUGGGGCUCUGAAGGGGAAUGAAAUACCAGUGGUGAAAGCUUGAGUAUCACAGCCCGUGCAAGAGCCCCCGUUCUUGGGCACAGCUGUCUGGUUCAGAGUGAUUUCGUUAGGGUUGAUUGGUGCCCUGACAGGAGCUGCUGGCUGGGCUGGGGAGGCAUCAUGCUGGUUUUGGUGCUGCCUGGGCAGCUCGGCCGUGCCAGGCUGUGUCCUGCCGUGUGGACCGGGGUCCGUGUGUGCCGCUGCAGCCCCGGCCCUGCACCCCCAGCCUCCACCCCGCGCUCCGUACCCCACGCCCUGCAGCCCUGCUCCCCCCGCUCUGCACCUUGCAGCUCCCGUGCUGAAUCCUGCAGCCCUGCCCUGCACCUGAUGCCUUGCACCCUGCGCUCUGCACCCCGCACCCCUCCGUCCUGCACCCCCAUGCUGCACCUCGUCCUCUCCGCCCCACACCCUCAUCUCCCGGUAUUGCAUCUGCACCCUGCGCCCCACACCCUGCAUCCCGCGCACCCCGCACCCCCCAACCUUGCACCCCCCCAACCUUGCACCCCCCCACCUUGCACCCCUCCCAUCCCCCCCCGCACCCCUCGCGCACCCCGCACCCUUCGCACCCCGGCGGCGGCGGCCGUUCAGCACCGCGGACAGCAGCCGGGCGCCGUCGCCGCCGCGGGCGGCCCCGACCCUCCGCCCCGGGCACCGGCGCCCCCGGCCCCGGCCCCGCCGCCGGGACGCGGAGCCGCCCAGGAGGGUCCAGCUCUGCCGGGCUCGGCGGCGCCGAGACGUCCCCGCUCCGACUCCGUGACCGCGUGCGUCCGCGCGACGCCAAGGGCCGGCCGCGGUCCGGUGCCCCGAGCCCCCGCGCUGCAGACACGCGAUGUCCCCGUCGCCAGCGCAGCUCGCCGUGGGGCUCGGGUGGGCCAGCACCGUGGGAGCCGCUGCUCCCGGCAAGCGGAGCUCGGUAAAGACCUCUGGAGUAGCCUUGGUACGCGCAGCAGCCACAAUGCAUACUGGAACGUGCCCGCACGAACCGGAGUUUCCCUUUCAAGCAGCUGCUUGGCAGAUCUCCAGUAAAUGGUCUCCCUCUCCCCGUGGCAGGAUGCUCCCGAGCUGGUGCUGUUUACACACCUGAGAAAGUCCUUUCGGAGCCUGCAGCCAUGGGCCUCGAGCGGACACCCCUCCAACUGCAUCAGGACACGUGGAGAGAAGAGCUGAGACCAGCAACAGCCGUGGAGGAGAAGCACAAGAACACAACUCAAAAGCAUAGUUCUAAGCCCAAAGAGAUGCUGACCUUCCGUAGCCAGGAAGCCGUCAGCCACCACACGCCAAGCGGACCGAACCAGCCUGCACCCAGGUUUUGCAAUGUAAAGAAAGGUAAAAAAUCCCAUGUUCUCUAGCUGCUACAGCCAGAGAGAUUUCAUCCUGAAGCCCCUACAGGACCCAUCCAACUACAGCCAGUCUCAUUUUUGGCAUAGCCUCAGUUUUUGCUCCACGAACCUCUUCCCUGCACUGCCUGCAAGGAAAUGUCCUAGAAGCAGAACACCAGAAAAAUACAACAUCCUCUCUGCAAACUCACAGACUGAAGUAUUUCUGUCCAGACUUAAAACGAUGAGCUUCACCAUGGGUUUGCAUCUUGCCUCUGUACUGCUCGCUUCUUUUUUAAUAAUAGGGGAAAGCAUAAUAGUUUAUUUUAACUAUGAAAUAUAUUGCUAUAUUAUAAAGGAUAUUGUAACUUUCAAUUAUGUUUUUGUAUCAAACUAGUUUGUCAGCAGGCAGCAAUGUCAGCCUGCUGCCAAAAUGUCUGUUUCUGAGUACAGUCAUUGCUCCACGUGAGGACCGAGGCGAGGGUUAGCAGAUGAGUCUUUGAAAUUCAUCUGGAAAGACUCCACACGCUUCUAAUCCUUUAAAUUCUUGGGUAUUAAUUUGCAUUACCUGGAAGCUGUCUUUAGGCUGCCUUUAACAGGUCUGAAGUCAAUAUAGCCUGAUUGCACUGGAGCUUUGCUUCUUACUGGUGAAAGCUGCGCCCCGCUUCUCCCCCAGGGUUGCAACAAGCCCUCCAGCAGUCUCUGGAAAGCCAUCUCCUCCCUCGGGCGUCGUCCUUAGCUGAAGGUGGGAUCCAACUCACUGGGUACAAACUGUACGAGACCUGAAAUUCCAGUUCAGCAAACCAUGUUUUCCCACUGGGAUGGAGGUUUUUGUGGAAUAAGCAGUGCAAGGAGUGCUUCUCCUCGCCUCGAAUGUGACUUGCAGCACAGUCUAUGCUACUCUAGUAGAGAAUACUCAAUCUUGGCUCAGUGCAGAGUGACACAGGCAGGACCCAGAUAUGUUCUGAACUAGGGCUCACUUGUGCCUAGAAAAGCAGGAGGGUGUGAACAGCUUCUUCCCCGGUAGAGCUGGUCUGUUGUGCACUUGCCGCUUCAGUACGUUGCUCCGCGUUUGGCCUGGGGUCCUGCAGGGGAAGGAUCAUUCCUGUGUGCUUUUGCUCCCUAGGCUUCAAGCCCGGUUGUGCAGGUCGAUUGGAAGGAAGUGUGCAGAAACAGUGCUCUCGCUUUUUUCCUCUCAGGUCAACAUGUAAUUCCUUGGGUGAUGGUGUAAGGACAUGCUUGCUUAGAUGACUUGCGUAGCUGCAGGUAAGGUCUGCUCUCACAGGGAAAUGCUUGGAAUAGGAAAUUUUCCUGCCAUCCUUUGAGUCAGUGCAGCUCACGCUCCCUCCUCGGCCGCGCUCGUGCCGGUGAUGAAUUGCACUGAGUUUCCGCACUGCAGGAAGCCCUCCGCGCCCGGGUCGUGCCGGCUCUCUGGGGCUGGUCCCGCGAGCCUGGCCAGGAACGGGGCUUCGCACCCUGUCCCAGAGAGCUGCAGCCCGGGCCGGCCCAUCUUUGUUCCCUUCGGGCCGAGGUCGUGACUGUAGGACAGCAAAGGGGUAUCCCCGAACGCGGGCGAGAGGCACAACAGGGUUCCAGGUGCUUCUCCAUCCCGGCCUUCCAGUACGCGACGUUUAUGGCCUCACGUACCCGGAGAGCAUCUCUUCCUCAUGUCCAGCCCCCAGCUGGGCUGGAGCUGCUCCGCAUUGAGUGUAGGACAAGAUUUGUGGGCAAAUAAGUCUUAACAUUUUCUUUUGCAGCCCUGAUCCUUGUUCCUGGCUAGUCUUCCUGUGUGGAGCGUGGCCUCGCUGGUGGUAAUGGCCAGGAACGAGCAGAGCGCAUGGGACCAAUUCUUGCUGCUUUCUUCCAGAGUAGUGUUUGCAGAAAAGCCCCGACACCGACUCGUCUGUAUUAGAAUAGUUAUCACUGUUGUGCUGUUGUUAUUAACCACUGUUGUUAUUGUCACUGUUGUGCUGGCCUGACCCUCCCAGGCCAAUUAAAGGACUUUAGCGUCAGGCCCCACCAGCAAUGCGAGACGGCAGCCGUACCUCGCCAAGAGCUCUGCCCGCGAGGCUCCGACGGCUUCGUGGCGGCACCGGGAGCGUUGCAUCUCACCGCCGGACCCGGCGGCUGCCGCAGCACGGGGUUUGCCCUUGCGCAGCCCCCUCCUCGGCGGUCAGGCUGGCUCUGCCGGCUGCCUCCUGCCCGGCCGGGCAGCGGUUAUGUGCAGAGCGGGCAGGCAACGCCCGAGCGCUCGCGCGGAUGGUGGCUGCAGAUGGACGAGGCUGGGAUCCCCCUGCCCGGCUGGGGAGCUCCUGCCCCACGCGUUCGCCCCCCUCGUGGGGGGCUUUUGGGCGGCAGCUGCCCCUCGUUGGGCGCGGGGCUGGGAGCAGGCGGGAGGGCUGGGCUGCGGCUCUGCACAGCCCUUCCGGAGGCGAGGGCAGGGCUUGCCCUCUCCUGCCGCCGGCCGGGCACGGGGUCCCGCUCUGGGGCUCCCGAGGGCGGCAGGAUUUCGAGGGCGCGGGGGCUCCCCCCUGCCCCGCGUCUCCCUGCCGGCCUGGAGCCCGGCGCUGCGGGGAGCUGCCCUCGGGGGUGGCGAUUCCCGGGCGCUUUGGGAAGGGGAGGGGAAGCUGCUGCCGCCCAAGGGCUCCGCUCUGCCUUGGCCCCAGCUUCCCCUCGCCCGAAGGCCUCCCGACGGCUCCGGGGUCACGGAGCGGCUGCUGUGGGGGGAGGAAAAGCUGCUCUUGGGGAUCAGCUGUUCCCUGUCGGAUGAGCUGUCUCCCGAGUCUGGCCUGUGCCGCCUGGCUCAGGCAAUGGGGCGCCCGGGAGGUCUCCAGCGCGCCGUUCCCGGCGGAUGCUCCCAGCCCCGGUGCUCUGCUUCCGCCCAAAGUGUUCUUCCCGCGGGGCCGGGCUCGGCCCCGCCGUGGUCCCCGCGCGCUCCGGCUCGCGGCCGCAGCUGCCAGCCCCGCGGUCAGGAUCCGGCCCCGGGCUCGCGCUCCUCCUCCUGCUCGGAGCACGGCCGGGCCCCUCGCGCGGGGGGAAGGGAGCGGGAACCCGCCGCCCCCAGCGUUGCCAUAAAACCGAUCUGUACCCAGAAACAGGCAUGUUUUAAACUAUGGCUUUAACCUGUUCACUGUAAAAAGUGCCUUGGACUUUAAUCUGAAGAGGUCAGUAUCUAUAAAUAUUUACCUGUGCGGGUGUGUAAGUAUGCAAAUAUCCAUGUAUAGUUACACACAAAUAUAUGAUAUCUACGUACAUAUAUAAACGCUUCAGACCCUC